UGCACGUACAGCACAGUGUUACAACAGUACAACGUGGGGUCUCUUUGAAAUUACUAGCAAGGCUGACAAAAUGCGAGGAUUUCAAUGUCUCUUACUCUGCGUUUUGCUUUACUCGGCUUCCGUUGAAGUGUUCGGUCAAUUGCCGGAAUGUACAGAUAAUGGAGACUGUCCAGACAAUGCCACAUGUGAGGAUGAUGACAACAGCAAUUUAAAAUGCGUGUGUGAGGAGGGUUUCGAUGAGAUCGAUUCUGGCGUAACUGUUGGUGGAACCGCAUUGACAGUUUGUGUUGAUCUCGGCGUUUGCAGUCCGUUAGACAACGAAGUGGAUGACUGUGGUGAGAAUGGACAAUGUAAAAUCUUCCAAAACGAGUUUGGAAUAGUUGAAGCUGCCUGUAUAUGCGACGAGGGAUACUACGGAGAAAAAUGUGACAAACUAAUAACAACAACAACAACAAUGCCUACAACUACUACUGGCACGACUAAGCGGUCAGGAUAUGGAGCCCUCUUCCCGUUCAUUGGGGGAGGGGCAUUUUUCAUAGUCAUACUAAUCCUACUGGCUGGAGGAGCUGCAGCGCUGGCAUCCUCAACUGGAUAG